CCCAUAAAGACCGGCGAUAGGUGCAUAAUACUCUCUGCACGUCUCCUUAUUUCCCUAUCAUUCCUUCUAAGCAAGAAAAAAAUUAAAGUCUUAUUACUUCAGUUAUUACAUUUCUUACUUUCCUAACCUUUCCUUCUUUCUUUCUUUUUCUUUUCUUUUCAUUUCAUUUUCUUCUAUCUCUUUCGCUUUAAUCCCAUUUUCUUCUCAGUUAUUUUUUCUUGGACCACAAACACUAAACUUCUUCUAUAGGGUUUCCUUCGUAGUGUUUUGUAUUUUCGGUUGGAUUUGAACCCUCUUUAAUGCAUGUUUCUUUCGGAAAGACAAGUGCCCAGAUCUUUUUUUCUCUCAUUUAGAUUGGAUAUUUUGGUUAUCUGGGUCUGAGACUUUUGAGUCGUAAAAAUACUAAAUAAUGGCGAUUGAGUUGUGUUCGGAGAAGUCUCCUGGUAUGGUGGUGACGAGUAAUGGCAGUACUCCCAGAAUCUCGUUUUCGUAUGACUUUCUACAAUCCGACGUCGUUCCCAUCGAACAACGCCCUCUCAGAUCGAACUCUUCCGGUCUGAACUCGAGUAUUGAUUUUGACUUCUGCGUUCGCGAGAGCUUUAGCGAAGAAUCUUCUUCCGCGGACGAGCUUUUCUCCGGUGGGAAAAUGAUUCCCAGUGAAAUCAAGAAGAAGGUCGUCCCUGCUCCGCCGAAACAAGAGAUUACUUCUCCUCAAGUUGAUCGUGCAUUAGUGCAAACACCUUGUGUGCGUGAGGAGAGCAGCAAAAGCUCCAAGAAAGAGACCAAUGAAGGUGAGGAGAGGCAGAGUUCAAAGUCCUUUUGGGGUUUCAAGAGGAGUAGUAGUUGUGGUACUGGCUAUGGAAGGACUCUAUGUCCUUUGCCUCUGUUAUCUCGAAGCAACUCAACUGGGUCUGCUGACGAGUCCAAACCCAUUAACAUCAAACGACCGCCAUUGAUAUCAAAAGAAAGUUCCAACAGCUCUAAACAGAAUACCCAGAAAAGUUCUAACGCUUCUAACAAGAUGCAGUCGUCACAUUCGCAUAACUUGGCUUCAAGCUGUAGUUAUCAGAAGCCUCCAUUGAAGAAGGGCCAUGGAGCUUAUGGCAAUGGAGUUUCAGUCAAUCCGGUUUUGAAUGUUCCUCCGGCAAACCUUUUCGCAAUAGGUUCAAUCUUUGCCAAUGGGAAAAGCAAGAACAAGAAAAAGUGAUCCCUUUUCAAUGGAAGCUGUACUUUUUUCACUCGUAAAAAGAAAAAUGAAAAGGGAGAAAAAAGAGAUAAAUUUAGGUCCAUGAAAGGGGAGAGACAAGGAAUGGAAUGGUAUAAUUCAACCUCACAUGGUUUCGAGCACAUAAUGACAGGUAACACAUUGCUUUCAUGGCUGUCCCCGUGUUUGUUUUUUUUUUUUUUGGUUCACACUUUUUUUUGGUUGCUUUAUUUUCAUAUUUGCUCAGACAUAUGGCUCUGACGUUUAUGUACAUAUUUUGAUUAUUGGAUGAUUUUUUCUUUUUCUUUUCCUCAUACUCUGUAUAAAAGAAAGGGUAUGUAAGGGAGUGUUAUAUGACUUGUGUUUUGAUUUAAUAUAUGGACUACUACUUUAUGUUUUA